GGGAACAUGCAUUUACAAAUAUCCUUGCUGCUGCUGCUUUGUCUGAACAUUGUCCAUGGUAGUGAUGGAUAUUUUUCUGAGCGCUACCAGAAACAAUCCAGUGUUAAGGGGCCACAGUUCCUACCAUUCAAUGUAAAAAGUCAAGGUGUGCAGAUAAGGGGAGAACAAGGACCCCCUGGUCCCCCAGGCCCUAUUGGACCAAGAGGACAACCAGGUCCUGCAGGAAAACCUGGAUUUGGAAGUCCAGGUCCCCAGGGUCCCCCUGGGCCCCCUGGGCCUCCUGGAUUCUCUGCUGUUGGAAAGCCCGGCAUGCCAGGUCUACCAGGAAAGCCAGGAGACCGAGGAUUAAAUGGUGAGAAAGGAGAUGCUGGACCAAUUGGGCUCCCAGGAGCAAGAGGGCCACAAGGACCCCCUGGCAUUCCCGGUCCUGCAGGACUAUCCGUUCCUGGUAAGCCUGGACCACAAGGCCCUGCAGGAGCUCAAGGGCCAAGGGGUCUCCCUGGUGAGAAGGGAGAGCCAGGUAUUCCUGGUAUAAAUGGACAAAAGGGAGAAAAUGGAUUUGGAGUGCCAGGUCGCCCAGGCAGCAGAGGACUUCCAGGCCCACAGGGACCCCGAGGCCUCCCUGGCCCUGCUGGGAUAGGGAAGCCUGGUGAAAAUGGUCUUCCAGGUCAGCCAGGUAUGAAAGGCGACAGAGGUUUACCAGGUGCACCCGGAGCAGCUGGUAUCCCAGGGCCCCAGGGCCCCCCAGGAGAACCCGGAGAACCAGGUGUUGGCAAGCCUGGACCAAUUGGACCACCAGGAGCAGCAGGUAUCCCUGGAGCUAAAGGACACCCUGGACCAGCAGGCUUGCCCGGAUCCCCAGGUCUCCCCGGAUUUGGAAAGCCAGGAUUGCCAGGGAUGAAGGGACACAGAGGGCCUGAAGGUCCUCCUGGUCUUCCAGGACCAAAAGGAGACCAAGGCCCAGCUGGUGCGUCAGGUGAACCAGGGCCUGCUGGACCACCAGGGAACAUGGGCCCUCAAGGACUCAAAGGCUUACCUGGUGAAAAUGGCCUACCUGGACCCAAAGGCGACACAGGCCCUGCAGGCCUUCCAGGAUUCCCUGGAGCAAAAGGUGAAAGAGGCCUGCCAGGAUUAGAUGGAAAACCAGGAUAUCCAGGUGAACAGGGUCUUCCUGGUCCUAAAGGACACCCAGGUUUUCCAGGACCAAAAGGUGACACUGGCCACACUGGGUUACCCGGCUUGCCUGGUCCAAUGGGCCCACAAGGAAUUAAGGGUGUGCCAGGGAUCAAUGGUGAACAAGGCCCCAGAGGACCUUCAGGAAUACCUGGAAUCAGAGGCCCCAUUGGGCCUCCUGGAAUGCCAGGGGCCCCUGGUGCAAAAGGUGAGCCAGGAGCUCCAGGACUCCCUGGUCCAGCAGGUAUUUCUACAAAAGGCUUAAGCGGACCCAUGGGACCACCUGGACCUCCUGGCCCUAAGGGUAACAAUGGAGAGCCUGGCUUGCCAGGCCCCCCAGGUCCUCCUGGUCCCCCUGGUCAAGCUGUCAUCCCACAGAUGCCAGAAAGCUAUGUUAAAUCAGGCGAGUCUCGAGACCUAUCAGGAAUGUCUUUUAUGAAAGCAGGAGUAAAUCAAGCCCUUACAGGAAUGCCAGUAUCUGCUUUCAGUGUUAUCCUCUCAAAAGCCUACCCAGGGGCAACAGUUCCUAUCAAAUUUGAUAAGAUCUUGUACAAUAGGCAGCAACACUAUGACCCCAGAACAGGAAUCUUCACCUGCAGGAUCCCUGGACUUUACUAUUUCUCCUAUCAUGUACAUGCAAAAGGAACAAAUGUUUGGGUUGCACUCUACAAAAAUGGUUCUCCGCUCAUGUAUACUUAUGAUGAGUAUAAGAAAGGAUACCUUGACCAGGCUUCUGGCAGUGCUGUAAUUGAUCUCAUGGAGAAUGAUCAAGUAUGGCUCCAGCUGCCCAAUUCAGAAUCUAAUGGUCUGUAUUCUUCUGACUAUGUUCACUCCUCUUUCUCAGGUUUCUUAUUUGCUCAUAUCUAACAAUGUCCCACUAAUGCAGACCAGACACUC